AUGGUGCCUGUCCGCAAGCACAUCUCAGCUGCCACCGACGAUGAGGUCGUUGAGAUCGUUAAGAUGGCUCAACCAGCCUUGGUCUCAAGUCCCCAGCACGACACCCAGCGUACUCGCCAUCACAUCUGCUUCGCGCCAGCCGAGCAAGCCUACAACCAUGGCUCAGAUCGCCUGCGCCCUCUCCGCACCAUGCCCUUCGACCUCGAGACAUGGAUCGGUGAUUUUGACCACCUCAGUAAUCGCGUCUGGCCACACCCUAGCUACACUGAACUGCUGGCGCGCUUCCUCACCGGCGAUCCGCGAUUCCCUCUCCCGGACACCAUCGCCAAGGAUGAGAGGCUGCAGAACUUGCGUUUGAGAUGUUGUGGUGAGAGUUGUUCUCCUACUUCGCAGAGCCCUUUUGUCGAGUAUGAGAAGCCUUCUCGAUUGGAAAAGUUGUCGUUUGAGCUGGUGGGAGAUGUCAUAAUCUAUCCCUUCUAUGUCCGUCUGUCCAAGGAGACUGGACUGCAGAAGCUCUUCGCCAUCUUACAUCGCCAGAUGAACGGCGAGUAUCACUUCUGGAAGGCCGCCGGCGGCUAUCAUGAAUCCUAUGGUCUCUCCAAGGGAAACGUAUCUGUAUUCAAGAGUCCCAGGUCGGCUCACAGCACCGAUAUUGGCACAUUGGGCUCGCCUAAGAAGGGUUUGUCGGUACGCGAAGUCGCUCUCAGCAGACAAAAGGGAGUCGACCUCGAUGAUCCUGACGACGUGCCCCUGAAGCUUAUGCAGAAGGCACGUUCGCUCGCCGUGGGUGGUGGCUUGGACAAACAGGUUACGAGUGGUCAAGAUGAAGCUUCCUCCAAGCUUCACUCCAAGAAACGCCCUCUUGUGGAACCAAUCGACUCGAUGCGUAAGAAACACCAGAGCGGCACGAAAGUCUGUUCCGAAACCUCGACGACUUCCAAGACUGUGUCGAAACAGCUCGUUUCUAGGCCCUUGUCCAAGACACCCCUUGGGCAGUCGGGCCAAAUCACCAACAAGACACAGAAGCCCGAUCGCUCACUGAUGCAUGUCAAAGAGGUAUGCAUGCUUGCCUAUCACCUCACAGGAGAAGGUUACAGUUUGCAGUACCGAACCAAUUGUUUCACAAUCGAGUUUGGGCAAGAACCACUAAUCGAUCCAAUCAAUGGUCUUUCAUUCAAGAUAACCAAGAACCAUGCACCGUACGUCCUGUUCAGCCGCCAGAGCUCUUUCAAGGUGAUUCUAAGCCAGAGCACAACCCACGACAUCAACGAGACGGACGAUGAUAUCACCGGCGGCAUCAUUCUGUUGGAGUUCGACGGAGGGGUUGCUCGCGACGAUUUCAUGGCUCGCAUCAGAGAGACGGUUGGAGGGUCUGCGGGUGGCAUUAGCUCUGCCGAUGAUUUUGUUAUCGAAACCAUGUACGGAAAGCUCACGCAGCAGCUCAAUAGCCGUCGAAGUGCUCGGUCUGAUUCCCAGAAAACCACUGAGCCCACGGUUCGCGAGUCGAUCGAGAACCUCACGGCAACUGUCUUGGAGAGUAGCGGCAACUCUGAAGGCGACAAGACUGUAUCCUGCCCUGCUAUCAUGAUCAAGUCUUCUCCAUCACACGCACCAAGAACCCCUGUAAACCUCAGCGUUCCGGAGUACCCAGCCACCCCAGUGUCUGACGGACCUUUACCCGAUCAUCGCUCUACCGAGACCGUGUCAUCUGCGAAUGAUCCUUCUCCAGUCGCAACAGUUCCGACGACCGCAUUGGCUCCAUCAAACAAGACCAACAUGUUCUCGACAGAGGCUGACGGAUCCAGUAACGAGGCCGCGAUGAAGAAAGCACUGUCCAGUCUAUUGCAUGAUACCUACAUCAAAUAUCCCAGCGCACAGGAUGACGACGAGGUGGAGACCAUGGCGCUUCUGUUGAAGGCGCCUCUUAUUGCUGGCGAUAUGGCACGUGUGAGGGAGCUGAGGAUGGAAUUGAAGGUGUACCUGAUCGCUCAUCACGGUUAG